GGCGUCUCAGCUCAGACUGUUGCUCCUCUAAGCGACGUAAAGAUGGCGGAGGAAGAGAAGAGCAGCGAGCCUGUGAAAGACAAAAACGAACUGCACAUUAUGAAGGAACUUGUGGAUGAGCUGUAUAAUUACAGAGACUGUUACUUUGAGACUCACAGUGUGGAGGAUGCCGGAAGGAAACAGCCCGAUGUCGCGGAGGAGAUGGAAAAGACGUUGAAGAAGCUGGAGGAGAAAGAAGAGCGCUUUAAACACAAAGCAGAGUUUCUGCUGCAGAAGGGCAGGUGUCUGAACGUAGCUCCUGAUUUCAGCGCUGCGGCAGAAGAGUGCCUUUCCCGGGCUGUCAAGCUGGAGCCCGGCCUGGUCGAGGGCUGGAACACGUUGGGGGAGCAGUACUGGAAAAAAGGAGACUUAACUGGUGCCAAGAACUGCUUUACUGGAGCCAUGCAACAGAGCAAGAACAAAGUGUCUCUGCGCAACCUGUCCAUGGUGCUGAGGCAGCUGCCAGCAGCGGACAGCGACGCACACGGCAAGCAGGUGCUGGAGAGUGUGGACAUGGCCCGACAAGCCGUCCAGCUGGAUGUCACGGAUGGGACGUCCUGGUAUAUUCUGGGAAAUGCCUAUGUGUCCCUGUUUUUCACCUGUGGACAGAAUCCACAGUUGUCUCAACAAGCUCUAAGUGCCUAUGCACAGUCUGAGAAAGUCGACAGAACUGCGUCUUGUUACCCGGAGCUGCAUUUUAACCGAGCCACGCUGUUCCAGUACGAGGAGAUGUUCGGGUCUGCGCUCGGCGGCUACAGCCGAGCGGCCGCGCUUGACCCGAGCUGGGAGGAGCCUCCAGAGAGGGAGAGGCAGCUGCUGGAGUACCUGGGGAAAGUCACAGAACUCAUACAGAACAAGGGGAAGGUGAAGGCGCGUCGGUUACGGACGAUGCUCUCUAACCUCAACACGUUGGCAUUGGGUCCCUGCUCUUCCCCUCAGUUUCGCGCUCCGACAGGGCGCGUGGGCAGCCUGGAGCCUCGAACUCUGUCCUCCCUCACGCACGGCCACAACGCCGGGGUGGCCGCCCUGGGCAAGGUGGUGUUCAGUCUGGCCUCUGAGGGUCGCAUGGCCUUUACGUUCGGCAUGGUGGACAGCGAGGAGACGUGCAUAGUGGUGAUGGUUUACAACACGGCAGACAGCUGGGGCGUCCUGAUAGGAGACACUGUAGUCAUUCCUGAACCUCAGGUCAAACGACACAGUAUAACACAUAAAGAUAAGUCGUUUGACUUCAAAAGUAUACGAGUGGACUCUCCUCUGCUCACUAUUGUCAAUGGCAAGAAACAAAAUAUCCAAAGUCAGAUCGCUGCCUCCGUCAGCUACAAGCCUCAGAGCGAAUGAGCCGAGCGAGAAGCAAAUAGGACCAAGUCAGAUGCUGGACAUGGAUGAAGAGUUUGGAUAAUUAUGGGAGUGUGAAGAUUCCAAAGUUUGUGCCUGUUUUAUGUUGUUUUGUACAUAGUGGUCUCCCUGUUACAUUGUCUUUAGAGAGACAGGUUGUUUAUAUUUAUAAAUAAUUCCUUUUUUUUUUUUUGUAUUCUGUUGUUAUGUGAGCAAAAUGAGUUCUUUUGUAAAUGAAUGAACCUGUGAUGAUGACUGUGUGAUGUCAGAAUAAUUUAAACUUCAGUUUACCCUGGAAAAAACAAAUCCUCUUAUACCUCAAAUGGUGCAGCGUCAUAAAAGAGCAAUUCUCAAAGUGAGGUUGGAGAAAAAAUGUUGUUUAAAUUUACUGUUUUGGUGUUAAAUUCAUUCAACAAUAAGCAAAAUGGAAGAAAUGUUUAAAGACUAUUUUUAUCAAAUAUCUCUUUUCCUUAACUGAUGUGAAAGAUCUUGUCAGAUGUUUGUAGCCUCAGAUGUCAAAGCUACAACUGUUAUGCUAUGUUUUUAAAAACAUUGUACAGUAUUUAUGAUUUCCUGUCAGUACGCCUGUCUUAACGCAACAAUUCCUGAUCAGGUCCAGAGACAUGAAUGACUUUAUAGGCCUUUUACACAGCAGACAUGUUGACGUGUCAUAUUAGGAAAAGUGCAGGUGUUACUAAUAACAUUAACAACGUCUUGUUGUAUUAAAGUAUCUGAAUGAACAAUGCCAAGUAAAUGGAAUUCAGCCAUUGUUCAUUUUACUAUUUACACCUGUGCUUUUCCUACUGUGGCAUGUUAAAAUGUCCUCUGUGAAAAAGGCCUAAUGACAUUGUCUGUCUGAUGUUACUCUAGUUAAAAAAAAAUAUCUGUACAAAAGACACAAUUCACAUUACACAAGAUAUCCAAUCCAGACUCCACUGGUUCUCCAAUCAACAACCCAGAUUGCUGCAAUUCAUACAAAUUAACUUGUUUUCUGCUCUGUGCAACACUGCAAAUCAAAUUACAACCUACCCUUAGUCAUCCAGUAACAUUUAUGUACUGUAUAAGGUAAAGGAAAAUGUGAUUUUUUUUUAUGCCGAUCUGAUGUGGCAAUAACACCACUGACCUUUUGAUGUUA